AUGACGACGGGCAUGGAUGAAGCGCAGUUCAACAAGACCCUCGACCUGAUCAACAACAACAUCAAUGACGACGACAACGAACUAUGGGUGGCCAUUGCCGCCCUGGUCAUCUCCGUUGUCGCUCUCCUCGCGUCCCUCCUACAAGUUGCCCAGCAGUACUACGCCUCUGCUGCUGGCUACUCAAGUUGCGACGAAAAGGCCAUAGGCAAAUGGUCCGAGGGGAGGCAACGAGUGCUGAAACCCUACGAAUUCCGCUUCGAAGUCCAAUUCGAAGCUCCCGUCAUAUUCCUGUGUCCACCAAAAAACGAGAGGGGCCCUGUCAAGAACGCCGACAUUCUCUUCAUUGAUGGAUCCCCAGAAAGCCUAGAAAAGACGCGGACGGCUCUGCCGCAAGCCCCUUCCAAGGAUUCAAGUCAAUCAAGUCAAGCCACCGAAAAGGAAAUCAAACGAGCAGUUCACACGGCCGAUAAUGAGUUGGCAUCGUGGGUGACGCUUUUGUCCGCCCUCCAACAAAUGGAACACGAAUCCAGGGAAUGGCAGCAGAAGAAGUACGAUGUAGACCUGAGACCAAGGGAGCCUCCAAAAGACAACACCCAGAUCAACUCUCCAGAGGACACCAAAGGAACUCUCGCUAAGGUGGCUGGAAAGUACAGCUUGGCCGUAGCCUUGCAGAAGAAGGUCAAGAGCUGGGACACAAUGCCUUCCAGCGUGAAGAAGCCUUAUGCCACUACAACCUGGUGUCAUAUUGUCGAAAUGCUGGCCUUGCUUGGUAUAUACUGGGUCGAAUUCGAUAGAACUAACGACAGGUACCGCGCCGAAGGAAACGGGUACACAGUAACUGGGUCCAAGGUCAGCGAGCUUGGGAUAAUGUUCACCUUCCAAGUCCAUGGACGGAAUCGAUUUGGGCCCAAUCGCGUUGUUCCAGUUGACGAAGUCAAGGAGUUGUGUUUUGGCUUUGUUCCGACGAUUUACAAGUCCAAGUCAGACGAACGGCGACUGAAGCUUCCCAUCGACGAGUCAAGGGACCUAUCAACGUUGAAUUUUGCGACCAUGAACGAAAUUGCGGAAACGUUAGUGUUAAUCGGGUGCAACACCAACACUGUCAGAUAUUUUUCCGACAACAAGACGACCACGACGGUCAGCCACGUGUUUCCUGUUGCUUUUGAGAUUGUGGGAAUGUUGGGACAAACACUGCACAUUGAGAAGAGUGCAUUUCGUUUGCUCCCGAACCCAACUCUUUUCCGAUGGGACACGAAAAACUUCAGCCUGCCUAGACUGCUAACGGCAUACGAGUACCAAAUGAGGAAGCGUUUCGGCCGUAAGGACACCAACGACAUGAAGGAGAAGCCCAGCGAAUUCAAGGAUGCCCGCAACAACGUUCCAAUCACCAGCAACGUGACGAGGCAGAUCUCGAGACACAUCAAGAUUCUACAAAAAGAACUUUUCAAGCAAGCUUCGCUGCCGACAGACCGCCGCAGCGAGUUGAGCUUGUCGCUAAUGGAUGCCUUGCACACUGCUCUGGAUGAUACGGAUGAGAUCCUGACUUUCAGAAGAAAGGAAAAUCGGCCGGUCAUUCACAGAGAGUACACAACUAAGUCGAAGCUUCUGCGACAGGUUUCCGAGAAAACAGGAAAUGUUGCAGGAGAACAUCAGGAAACGGAGCUUGAAAGCGACCGGCGGGAAACGGUCCGCUUUGUGCUUCGUAGUCACAUUCAGGAGGUCUUGUCCGGCUUCAACCCCAGACCUGGAAAGACAACGCCAGAAGCCACCGGCCAGAAAACCACGACACCGCCGUCCAAGCCCAAAUUCCGCUUCGAGGAUAUCGAUUCGGCGCCUCCCGAGGUCAAGCAAGCCAAGCUCAUGGAAGUUUAUUUCCGAACGGUCCGGCAGAAGGUCAUUGACGAGUCACAAAAGUCGACAGAACGGCGAGACGAAGAGCUCACGAACCCCAAGUCUGCGCCGCCGGCACCAGAAGAGGGAUUUGCUCUGAAGCGCGCACAGACAGGGAAAACUAUUCGCAGUCCCGUCGCGCCCGAGUCGUCGGGUGGAGACUCAGAGCAGGACAUACCAUUGGAGCGUUUGCCUGAGAUUGACGAUGAUGAUGAACCGAUCGACUUGUUGGAUGAGGAUUAUUUCUAUGACACCACUCAUGAGGACAUCUGGUGCACGCUGGUGUUCCGGAUGAUCUGCUGGCUUAUGCUUCAUGAUUUCCACAAGAACGACGUUCAAUUGCCGAAGAGCGAACUGUUUGGUAGCCGAUUGCCGGUGUAUGUUGCUUAG